CCCAUAAAUUCGGAUCCGGAUCCGGGUAUUGGCCCAAAAAAGCCCAGGUGUACUUUCCGUUUCCGUCCCGCUUCAUUUAGGAGAAUGAAUACUCCAUUCGCAUUUCCAGACCUUAACCGCUCGCCCCCCGCCGCCGCGAUGAUGUCACUGCCUCCGAGACUACACGUCAAGGCCGAACCAAUUGACGAUCCUACCCCUCCUCCUACUCCCUCCCCCUCCGAUAUCUACGCCGAAUACUACAGCCUCUGCGAACGUGUCGCUUCCGCAUUGGCCGAGGGAAACGCCGUCCCCCUCCUCUCCAAUCCCCUCGCGAUCGUCCCCCUACCGGAAGAAAAACCCCGCCUCCACCCUCCUCCACCGAUCCAAACCCCGCCGGGAUCCGGAGACAGCCGCGCUCUCUCCUCCCACCUCCCGCCGAAGUUCCAGAGACCGCAGGAGCUCGCGAGGGUCGCCGCCCUAGGGCGCGAAGACCAUAUACACCGCAGAGAGAUCGUGAAACGGACUCGAGCGAUCUACGACGCUCUCCGCCUCCAUAUAAUCGCGGAGGAGAUGCGGCUCCCCGGUCGGCGGCGUAAACCUAGAGCCGAUUACAAGGCCUCGACUCUGAUGAGGGAGCGCGGACUGUGGCUGAACCAGGACAAACACGUCGUGGGUUUGAUUCCCGGCGUUGAGAUUGGAGACAUGUUUCUUUACCGUUUGGAGCUCUGUGUGGUUGGCCUACACGGCCAGCCGCAAGCUGGGAUUGACUAUCUAACGGCUCACCGGAGCUCAAACGGUGAGCCGAUAGCCACUAGCAUUAUCGUCUCAGGCGGUUACGAGGACGAUGAGGAUACAGGGGAGGUUCUUGUUUACUCAGGGCACGGUGGGCAGGACAAACUCCACAGGCAGUGUCAGCACCAGAGGCUGGAAAGUGGGAACCUUGCGAUGGAGAGGAGUAUGCAUUACGGUAUCGAAGUUAGGGUGAUUCGUGGGUUUAAGUAUGAUAACGUUGUUAGCUCGAAGGUGUAUGUGUACGAUGGGUUGUAUAGGAUUGUAGAGUACUGGUUUGAUGUUGGCAAGUCAGGGUUUGGGGUGUUUAAGUUUAAGUUAGUUAGGAUCGAAGGACAGGGUGAGAUGGGGAGUAGGAGGAUGAAGUUUGCUCAAGCGCUUAGAACUAAGCCCUUGGCGGUUAGGCCUAAUGGGUAUAUAACGUUUAACCUUUCUGGUGGUAAGGAGAAUGUUCCGGUUUAUCUGUAUAACGACAUUGAUUUUGACCGUGAACCGGAGGGGUAUGACUACUUAGCGAUAUCUGCCAUCACUAAUUUGAUUUCUGCUCAUGGAGGGGCUAACCGGGGUUGUGAGUGUAAGUACUCCUGCGGUAAUGAUUGUUUUUGCGCGAGGAGGAAUGGCGGUGAGCUUCCUUAUGAUGGCGACGGGACGCUGUUGAAGGGUAAGCCUGUGGUGUUUGAGUGUGGGGCUUUGUGUGCGUGUGGUCCGAGCUGUAAGAACCGUGUGACGCAGAAAGGGUUGAGUAAGAGGCUGGAGGUUUUCAGAUCCAGGGAAACUGGUUGGGGUGUUAGGACAUUGGAUUUCAUUCAAGCCGGGGCCUUCAUCUGUGAGUAUGCUGGGGUGGUUCUCACAAGAGAGCAAGCCAAGAUUGUAUCAAUGAAUGGGGAUCCUCUUCUCUAUCCGGGUCGGUUCACAAAGAAAUGGAGUAGUUUGGGUGAUUUAUCUCAGGUUUACCCGGAGUAUGUUCAGCCGAGUUAUCCUUCUCUUCCGCCGGUUGACUUUGCAAUGGAUGUGUCGAAGUUAAGAAACGUGGCUUCUUACAUUAGUCACAGCAAAGAAUCAAAUGUGAUGGCGCAGUUUGUAUUACAUGACCAUAGUAACUUGAUGUACCCUCGGGUCAUGCUUUUUGCCCUGGAGAAUAUCUCCCCGUUAACCGAGCUAAGCCUGGACUAUGGGUUGGACGAUAAACUGGAAGAGCGGCUCGCCAUCUGUAAUUGAGUUGUUGUUUCCAUAGCUUGUUUCUGUACUCUUUUUUUUUUGUAUUUGUAUCUUACAAAGAUAGCCUCCCUUGAUGCUUUUUUGUUGGAGAUGUUGUGGCUUCCCUUCUUUCUGCGAUGUAUGCAAGGCAAGAACAGGAUGGCCUAUCCGUCUAUUUUUUGGGGUAAAACCUUCUCUUUUGUCAGUUUGCACCUUUUUGUAUGUGUCUUUGGCGUUCAUAUGAUAUGAUGGAGCAGCUUAAGUUGAUUUAGAAAGAAAGAACAUUCUGUAAAAGAAUUUUUGUAUAAAAAGCUUUUGAAUUUGUUUCUUCA